CCCGAGCUUCUCACAUGAUGCUGAACUGGAGGUUUCGCAGCCCUCCACGCUCUCUUGUCCCCAGCCCAGGAAGAUGCCGCCCGAACGCACGCGCCGAACCGUGAAGGCCUGUGUCAUCUGCCACAAGAAGAAGAUCCGGUGUGAUAUCGAUGAAAUCGAGGGAAGCGUAUGCACGCCUUGCGCAAGAGAUGGCUACGACUGUGUGCCGCGCGAGCGCAAGCGAAAACGAUUUACCCUUUCCCCGUCACCUCCCAUUCGGCAGCGGGUGCCGCAUCACAAGGGGAACCCGGUUUUGCCAGAGAGCAGUCGAUCGACACUGAGCGAUGCGUUUUCCACCAUAUCGAACCCUGCUGUCGGGAACGGAGACGCGGCCAAGCUGCAAUCCCAGGACCCGAGCUGGAAAUCCGAGAGCGAUCCCGACCGACAGCUUUCGAGCGCCGCAAGUCUCGGGGUUGUGUCUCCCCCAAAGCUUGAUCAGCAUCACAGUCCCGAGUUCCAGGCAUUUUCCGAGCAGACCCAAGCCAGUGCAACGGCAUCGACGUAUGCCUCUUCUUCCAACGUCGUCAGCUAUCUCGGCCGUCUAGAGUAUCUCCGGAACGAUGUACCCGUCAACGAUGAUGCUGGACUCCCCAGCAAGAUGCCCCGUCGACUCUCCGACACUGACCUUGAGAUACUCAAACUUCGGCGCGUCGAGGACUUGCCUCCAAAAGCAGUGCGCGACUCUCUGAUGAACGCUUUUUGGACAAGAUGCUAUCCCUGGACUCCGGUUGUGGAGCGUAGUUGGAUCAACGAUAGUAGCCCCGAGCACGUGUCACUUUUACUUCAGCACUCCAUUUUUCUCGCUGGAAGCAGAGUCAGUCCCUAUCAUCCAAUCUACACGCCCGAACAUUUUUACAAAAAGGCUCGGGUGCUGUUCUGGAUGAAUGCGGAAGAAGACCCCAUCAUCACUAUUGCCGCAACGCUACUCAUGCACUGGUUUAAUCCCGAAGGGCCAGAGAGGGUGUCUCUCGACACUAGCAGCUUUUGGUUACGAGUGUGUAUAGGUCUCGCUUUCCAGGUCGGUCUGCAUAGAGAACCCACUGGCAGGCCUGAUGCAGGGUUGAGGAAGAAGAUCUGGUGGUCUCUGGUGACCCGGGACUGUUUGAUUAAUGCUGGCCAUGGCCGACCACGAGCAAUCGACCUGAAAUCGGCAGAUGUCUCGCCUACUUCGUAUAUGGAUUUCAACGGGGCGAGUGCGCCUGCUGAUUUAUUUGCAGCGUACGUAGAUAUCUCGUGCAUAUUAGGAGAUCUCACACAAAGCUACUUGCGCAAACACGGUCUCCAGGAACACAAAAAGUCCCUCGAAGAUCGACUGUUCCGCUGGAUCAGAACGCUCCCACCACACCUCCAGCUCUACAAAACCCAAGACACGCAAUCCUCAACCCCCUACGACUUCGAGACCCGGCAACUCCACAUUCAAUACUUCACAGUCCUCGUCAUUCUCAACCGGCCCACUGACCCAAAAUUCUCGCCCUCAACCGCCUCCCUCCUCGCAUCCUCUUACAUCGCCGGCAUCUUUGAAGGCUUCCUCGCGCGCGAUGAAUUGCAAUUCCUCGGCCCUAUAUUCACGUUCUACUGCCUCACGGCCGGCAUGUCUCAGCUCUCCUGCUACCGUUACUCGGGACUCCUGGACACGGCGGAAAAGAACCUUUCCAUCGUACGUCGCGCGCUCGAGGAACUCGGUAAACGCUGGCCCAGCGCGGUGGGAAGCUUGCGCCACCUGAUGGACGUCCGCGAGAAGAUCCUUCAACGACCCACGCUCGACCGCCGGUUCCCAGAUUCCAACAUGUCGGUUGCCACGGCGCACUUCUUCCACGCGUUCCCGCAGGAGCUGUGUCGCAUGUGGGGGCCCAUCCACGCGCAGACGACGGGGAUCGCGCCGAGGGAACUGGAGACGGCGGGGAUUUUGCAGGGGCUGCGGACGCCCGGGAUCACCCCGCUAGAGAUGAGUGUCGUUGAUGGUUCGGCGUUGCAGGCGGGCGUGGGUGGGGUCGCGGGUGAGGUUGGGAUCGAACCUACGCUUCUGCAGCCUCAGGAGUGGUUUGUGCCGUAUGGGGCGGGUGGGCUGGGGAACUGGCUUAUGAUUGAUUGGGAUCAGGCGUUUGGGUGGUGA